AUGGCUCUUUAUUACAGUUUAGUAUUUGGAUUAUUAAUAGUUGAAAUUGUAUUUUUCACUAUCUUAUCAUUACCUUAUCCAAGAAAGAUAAGAAGAACAGUGUUGACCACUGUUUCAGCCCCAUUCAGAAAUGAAAAAUUUCAGAUUGCAUUGAAAUGUAUUCUAGGAUUUGUUUUAAUCCUUUUCAUUGAUUCAGUUAAUAGAGUGUUUACUGUUAACAAUGAAUUGAGUGGUUUCAAUCCUAAUGGAAUGAAUGGGAUUGUUAACGAUAGAUCUGAAAUUCAAGCCAGAAGAUUCUAUUCUCAAAGAAACAUGUACCUUUGUGGAUUCACCUUAUUCUUAACUAUGAUAUUGUUAAGAACCUAUUCAUUGGUUGCUGAAUUGAUUGUUACUAAAGAUAAAGUUGAUGCUUUAUCAGCUGAUGGUUUAGAAGAAUCCAAAACCAAUGAUUCUAAGAAAAUCACUGCUUUGAAAGAAGAAUUGGCUGCUAAAGAUCAAGAAUUAGAACUUUUAAAAGAAAAAGCCGAAUCUCUAUCUAAAGACUAUGAUAGUGAAACCAAAUCUAAGGUUAAACAAAGAAAGGCUUAG